UAUGAUUUCAUUUUGAUACCCACAAUUCACAAAGGACAUAAAUAGAAACCGAACCCCUUUCUCCCACCUCUUCACACAGAACCGCCAUUAACCAAGACCCCAAUUGUGUCUGUCCCUCAGUUUGUUUAUCAAUCCACUGAUUGCUUACCCAUUAAGAAGAGAAAAAGAAACCUCACACAUCUAUUGAUACUUUUUUUUUUGUGGGGUUGGUGAGCUCUCUGAAUUGGCAGGACAUGUGGUUAUAUUGAUACUCUGUCCAAGUAACUAGUACAUAAUAGAUUGAAGAUAAUUCGUAUACGGCCUAGGGCGCUGAUUUUCGUCAUUGAAGUACUUAGAUUGCAAUUUCAACUUGAAGUUCUGUGUUUCCCCCUAUUGUUAUAUAUGGGCUGAGGUAUAUAUUUAUGGGAGGUGAUGAACCACCAUCCAAACGUGUGAAAGUAUCCUCUGGAAAACCAGGAGAUCUUUCAAAAAGUACAUUUCUGAGAGAUCCUGUAAGUUGCUCACUGAAUGACUUGAUGGCUCGCCCCCUGGUUUGUCAAGGGGACGAUGAGGUCGUUGGUACAAAAGGGGUUGUUAAGAAAGUUGAAUUUGUGCGAAUCAUAGCAGAGGCAUUAUAUUCUCUUGGUUAUAACAAAGCUGGGGCACGUCUAGAAGAAGAGUCUAGGAUACCUUUGCAAUCUGCUGUAGUAAAGUUAUUUAUGCAGCAAAUCCUUGAUGGUAAAUGGGAUGAAAGUGUAACCACAUUACAUAAAAUUGGUCUAAUGGAUGAAAAGAUUGUUAAAUUGGCAUCAUUUGCAAUAUUGGAACAGAAGUUUUUUGAACUGUUGGAUGGAAAAAAUGUCAUGGAUGCUUUAAAGACGUUGAGGACUGAGAUUGGACCUCUUUGCAUAAACAAUGAUAGAGUCCGUGAGCUUUCUUUGUGCAUUUUAUCACCUUCUCAGCGGGUUCUUGCUGGGAUGUCAGGUCAAGAUGCUGUGAGAGCAAAGUCACGAACAAAGCUACUGGAGGAAUUGCAAAAAUUGCUUCCCCCGACAGUCAUAAUUCCUGAACAAAGAUUGGUACAUCUCGUCGAACAGGCGCUUGACUUGCAACUAAAUGCUUGUAGGUUUCACAACUCUUUGGUAGGUGAGAUGUCUUUGCUCACUGAUCAUCAGUGCGGAAGAGAUCAGAUUCCAUCUCAAACUUUGCAGAUAUUACAAGAUCACAGUAAUGAAGUAUGGUUCUUACAGUUUUCCCAUGACGGAAAAUACUUAGCCUCGUCAGCUGCUGAUUGUUUGGUGAUUAUAUGGGAGGUGAAAUUGGAUGGUUUGUUCUGCGUGAAGCACCGGUUUUCUGGUCACCAGAAACCUGUCUCCUAUAUGUCUUGGAGCCCUGAUGACCAUCAACUUCUCACCUGUGGAGUAGAGGAAGUUGUCAGACGGUGGGAUGUUGAAUCAGGUGAAUGUUUACAUGUUUAUGAGAAAAAUGAUCUUGGUUUGAUCUCGUGUGGAUGGGCUCCUGAUGGCAACAGGAUAUUAUGUGGUGUUACAGACAAAAGCAUUAGCAUGUGGGAUCUUGAAGGGAAAGAGUUGGAGUGUUGGAAAGGCCGUCGGACUAUUAGAAUAUCGGACUUGGGGAUAACUAGUGAUGGGAAGCAUAUAGUAUCUGUUUGUAAAGAUAAUAUGAUAUUAUUAUUUGGAUGGGAAUCAAAAGCAGAGAAAGUAAUUCAGGAGGAUCAAACAAUAACUUCAUUUGUAUUGUCCACUGACAAUAAGUAUUUAUUGGUUAGCCUUUUGAAUCAAGAAAUCCAUCUGUGGGAUAUAGAGGGAACUGUCAAACUCGUAUCCAAAUAUAAUGGGCAUAAACGUUCACGCUUCGUUGUAAGGUCUUGCUUUGGCGGACAGGAUCAAGCAUUCAUUGCCAGUGGAAGUGAGGACUCACAGGUUUAUAUAUGGCACAAAAGCUCAGGAGAACUUGUUGAGACGUUGGCUGGACAUUCUGGAACAGUCAACUGUGUUAGCUGGAACCCAUCAGAUCCUCAUAUGUUGGCAUCUGCAAGUGAUGAUCAUACUAUCCGCAUAUGGGGCUUGAAUCAAGUAAACAUGAAACACAACGGCACAGUUAGUAAUGGUGUACAUUACUGCAAUGGGGGAACUUAGAAGUCUGGGAGGCAAACUAUAGGAGUAUCAGGUCGGAUCUACUUCUCUGACUCGUGGUUGAUCGACUCUUCAGCUUCCACUUGAGUUUUCCAGGGUGAGCAUGGCGUCCGCUGACCUCGGAGACUCUUCUAUUACUUAUGUCUUGCUUUCCAUUCAAAGACAUGAUUUGAGACUACUUAUGUAUUAUUAUUCAGACCUUUAGUAUUCGGAUUUAGAUGCUCUUGUAUGACCAGACCAGAUACUGGGGUGGAUUUCAUUUACUUCCGCACUUGUUAACAUUAUAUUAUUA